AUGAAGCCGCCCAGGGGCCUGGCUCGGUGGGGCGCACUCCUCACCACACUCGCCUGCACGGCCCUGGUGGUCCGUGAGGCCCACCCCCGGCGCAGAGGUGUGGCCCUGGCCAAGACCCUCUCCUCCACCGGCUUCCUACUCGUCUCCCUGGCCGGCUGGGCCGGUGCACGGGGCGCGCAGCGCCUCCGCUACGCACGCUGCGUCCUGGCGGCGCAGUGUCUCUCCUGGCUGGGCGACGCGCUGCUGAUCACCGGCGCGCCGGGCCCCUUCCUGGCCGGCCUGGUAGCGUUCCUGCUGGGCCACGCCUGUUACGCACUGGCCUUCCUCGCCCAGGGCUCCCACCUCCCCUCGGCCGCCGCCGUUGGGGUGCCGGUCGCCGCGGCCGUCGCCGGGGCCUGGGCGUACCUGGCGCCCCACCUGCCGCCAGACAUGGUGCUCCCGGUGGCUGCCUACCUGGCCGUCAUCAGCGGCAUGGUGAUCAGCGCGGGGGCCGCCGUGCACGCUUCCAGCAGGCCCAUCCCCCUGCUCCUUGGCGCGACGCUCUUCUUCGUCUCGGACCUGGCGGUCGCACGGGAGCGCUUCGUGUCCCGCGCCUUCCUGAACCAGGCCAUAGGGCUCCCGAUGUACUACACCGCGCAGCUGCUGCUGGCCUGGACCGCUGUUUGA